CCUUCCUCCCUCCCCGAGAACCCGGAAGCGGAGGAGGAGGCGCGGCGGCAGUGGCCGAGCAGCAGACGCUGGCUGAGCCGUGCCCUGGAGCGGGUCUGGGGUUGGGGGCGGGGGGCGGGACUGAGCGGCCUGGACAGCCUGGCCUGGACGGGGCGGGGGAGGCCAUGGCCUCGGCAGAGUUGCAGGGGAAGUACCAGAAGCUGGCUCAGGAGUACUCGAAGCUUCGGGCUCAGAAUCAGGUCCUAAAAAAAGGUGUUGUGGAUGAACAAGCAAAUUCUGCUGCUUUAAAGGAACAACUGAAAAUGAAGGAUCAGUCAUUGAGGAAACUACAACAGGAAAUGGAUAGUUUGACAUUUCGAAAUCUGCAGCUUGCCAAGAGGGUAGAACUACUUCAAGAUGAACUAUCCCUAAGUGAGCCUCGAGGCAAGAAGAACAAGAAAAGUGGAGAGUCUUCUUCUCAGUUGAGCCAAGAGCAGAAGAGUGUCUUUGAUGAAGAUCUGCAAAAGAAGAUAGAAGAAAAUGAACGGUUGCAUAUACAAUUUUUCGAAGCUGAUGAACAGCACAAGCAUGUGGAAGCAGAGCUGCGGAGUCGGCUGUCUGCUUUGGAGACAGAAGCUGCCCAGCACCAAGCUGUGGUAGAUGGCCUGACACGCAAGUACAUGGAAACCAUCGAGAAACUGCAGAAUGACAAAGCUAAACUAGAAGUAAAAUCUCAGACUCUAGAAAAAGAGGCCAAGGAAUGUCGACUUCGAACAGAAGAAUGUCAGUUACAGUUAAAGAGUCUUCAUGAAGAUUUGUCAGGUAGAUUGGAGGAAUCCUUAUCAAUCAUCAAUGAAAAAGUACCUUUUAAUGAUACAAAGUAUAGUCAGUAUAACGCGCUCAAUGUUCCACUCCACAAUAGGAGGCAUCAGCUGAAGAUGCGAGAUAUUGCUGGGCAGGCCCUGGCUUUUGUUCAAGAUCUUGUGACAGCUCUUCUGAACUUUCACACCUAUACAGAACAGAGGAUUCAGAUUUUUCCUGUUGAUUCUGCCAUAGACACUAUAUCACCAUUGAAUCAAAAGUUCUCACAAUACCUGCAUGAAAAUGCGUCUUAUGUCCGCCCCCUUGAGGAAGGAAUGCUUCAUUUAUUUGAAAGUAUUACUGAGGAUACUGUGACUGUCCUGGAGACAACUGUGAAAUUGAAAACAUUUUCAGAGCACCUAACGUCCUAUAUAUGUUUCCUUAGGAAGAUUCUUCCUUACCAAUUAAAAAGUUUAGAAGAAGAAUGUGAAUCUUCUCUUUGCACAUCUGCAUUAAAAGCCAGAAAUCUAGAGCUGUCUCAGGACAUGAAAAAGAUGACAGCUGUGUUUGAGAAGUUGCAGACUUAUGUCACUCUUCUCGCCUUGCCAAGUACAGAACCAGAUGGACUCCUUCGGACAAACUAUAGUUCUGUCUUAACAAAUGUUGGUGUUGCUCUGCAUGGAUUUCAUGAUGUCAUGAAAGAUAUUUCUAAACAUUAUAGUCAAAAAGCUACAAUAGAGCAUGAACUUCCAACAGCAACACAGAAGCUGAUAACAACGAAUGAUUGUAUCCUGUCAUCUGUAGUGGCAUUAACAAAUGGAGCAGGAAAGAUUGCAUCUUUCUUCAGCAACAAUGUGGACUACUUCAUUGCUUCACUGAGCUACGGGCCUAAGGCGUCAAGUGGAUUCAUUAGUCCUCUUUCAGCAGAAUGUAUGCUACAGUACAAGAAAAAAGCUGCUGCCUAUAUGAAGGCUUUGAGAAAGCCCCUGUUGGAGUCUGUGCCUUAUGAGGAAGCACUGGCAAACCGCCGGGUCCUUCUCAGCUCUACUGAAAGUCGAGAAGGCCUUGCACAACAGGUUCAACAGAGUUUGGAAAAGAUUUCUAAACUGGAACAGGAAAAAGAACAUUGGAUGUUGGAAGCACAGUUAGCCAAAAUCAAGCUAGAGAAAGAAAACCAACGGAUCGCAGAUAAGCUGAAGAGUACAGGUAGCGGCCAGUUUGUUGGGCUGGCCCAAGAAAAUGCUGCCAUGUUGAAUGCUACUGGCCAAGGUGAAGCUGUAGCCAAGGCUGUGUUGGAGCCUGUUCAGAGCACCAGUCUGAUUGGGACUUUAACCAGGACAUCUGACAGCGAGGUUCCAGAUGUGGAAUCUCGAGAAGACUUGAUUAAAAAUCACUACAUGGCAAGGAUAGCGGAGCUUACGUCCCAGCUGCAGCUGGCUGACAGUAAGUCAGUGCAUUUUUAUGCUGAGUGCCGAGCACUCACUAAAAGACUAGCCUUGGCUGAGAAGUCUAAGGAGGCAUUGACAGAGGAGAUGAAACUUGCCAGUCAGAACAUCAGCAGACUUCAGGAUGAGCUGACAACCACCAAAAGGAGUUAUGAGGAUCAGUUAAGCAUGAUGAGUGACCAUCUGUGCAGCAUGAAUGAGACAUUGUCUAAACAGAGAGAAGAGAUUGACACCCUGAAGAUGUCCAGUAAGGGAAAUUCAAAAAAGAACAAGAGUCGAUAGCUCAUAAAUAGCUGGUUGGCGACUGUUCUUUCCAGAGCUGCUGCUACUGCUGCUGCACAGAGCUGCAGGCCGAGACUCCUCGUCCAGUGCUGGCGGUUUCAGGAAGCUGAAGUGUUGUUGGACCUAGUAAACUAGUCAGUGUUGUAAAUGGCCUUGAAACAUUUAAAAUAUAUUUGUAACCAGUAAGGAAAACACAGAAUUUGAUGUUGACAGUAAAAUGGAAAACAGUACACAUACCAUGGAUAUUAUAGGUUUCCUUAUGCUGUUUUUACUGUGCACUUUUUAAAAUUAGGUUUUAAUUUCAGUAUGUGAGAACAACAAAUAUUUUGUAUAUUUUCAAACUCAAUUAUAUGGUAAUCGAUUUGGUAUCUAUGGAAUAGAUAUAUGUUUCUGGAUAAAAUGCUUAAAUUGUCAAACUGUCAUUACUUCCUACUAUAAUUGAAAGCAGUCUCCAGAUUCUUUUUUAAAGAUUUAUUCAUAUUCUCUAUCUCUCCCUCCCUCUCAGAGGGAAUGAGUCUUGCAAACUUCAGAUCCUGUGGGUUUAUUAUCAUUGUCUUCAGCUCUUCAGUACCCUCUCUGUGUUAGGAUAAUAACUCAAGAAAAUUCAUGUCAAUAAAUUCAUACUUAUGUCAAACUUUCAGUCUCUAUGAAAAUUUGGUAAAAGAAACCAAAACCUGUUAAAGUCGACUUUACAAAACUUAUAAAAACUCAGUUGACUUAGAUGUAAUCUUUCUAGUUCCCCAAAUUGGAAUAAUUGUAGUUAAUCCUUUAUAAUGCUUUUGAGUUUUGCCUUGAGAGCUGCUUGUACACUCAAGGGUCAAACAAGAACCCUAAGACCUUUAGGCUCCCGUGGUUUAUCCCAUAAAUAUUUUUUGUGUCAUUUUAGUGUAAACUUCAGGAGUGUCUCUCCUUGCACCCCCACUCCCACAGCCCAAAAUACAUUGUUCCUUUUUCAGUUGCUUGCACAGGCCUAUUUAAUUCCCCAGAUUAGCUGAGGGGUUCCUGAAAUUCCUUCCUUCCUAACUCCCUCCCUGUGGCUGCAUCUUCCUUGAGGCUCUUCCUAGGCAGUUGCUGGUCACCCUCCCACCUGCUUUAUUCUGGUUAAGCUGAGAGCCCAUCAUUGGCUUCCCUCUGUGCUCAGUGUCAAGGCUGCUUCUGAGUCCUCAGCUGCCUGCCAUGAAGAGAGACUCUGGUUAUGCUCAGUCCUCAUGGCAGUGAAAGUGUUUGGAUCCUGGGUUGGGGGACCUUGGGGUUAGUUCAGUCCCUUGCCCCCUCACCUUAUCUCUUGUGUGCCCUGUCCAUUUCCAAUUCUCUAUCAAUUAAACCAGCACCCGCACCCAGGUCCCCAAACACUGAGGGAAACAUCAAAGAACCAUGCUGACUAGCUCAUCCCAUUAUGAGCUUGGGAACUUCACCUUCCAAGCUUACAUUGUUCCAUGAUAGUCCUUUGGCAUUUCUAUUCCAAGUUUCAGUAAUGACUGUACCACUUCUCAAGCCUUGUCCCCUCAUAAUCAGACUGUAUACCAUCAAACUCACAGCCCCUCAGCAGGAGUGCCUCUUCACUGCCACACUUGUUUAUAUAUAAACCCAUCCUGUGAGGCAAUGGGGGCUCCUGAUCCCCAUAAAGCUAACAUGUUUUCAAUGCUUUGGUGCCACUCCCUUUCCAGGACUUUGCCUUUCACAUUUACAUUUUCAAUUUCUCAUUCUGCUUGACUCCUCUCCCCCAACUUCCAAACAAAUUGAAUUUACCCCAUCCUUUAAAAAGUUGAGUUUAUUAGAAACCAAAUUUCCUGGGUUCAAAUCCUUUUACUUACAGAUUAGUUACUUAGCAUUUCUGUGUCUCAGUUUUUUUUUUAAAUCUAUUAAUAGGAGAUAAAAUAAUACCUACCUCCUAGGAUUUUUAUGAAGAUUAAAUGAAUUAAUAUUGUAAAUUGCCUCCAGUACCUGGUAUAAAGAUUAUUUAUUAGUAAUAAAUGUUACUGGUAAUAUUAUUGUCA